AUGUUUCAAGAAGACGGAUCAUCCUCCGUGACCUCAACCCCCUUCCAAGCCCUCCCCAUGACGUCACCAUCCCCGGGCCCGAACUCUCCAUAUCCAUGGCUGAAGGACCUCAAGCCCGAGGAGAGAGGGCUUUACCUAAUCCACCUCCUCAUCACCUGCGCUAGCCACGUGUCCAGCGGCGGCCUUGACCUCGCGAACAUGGUGCUCGACCAAAUGUCCCAACUAGCCUCGCCGGCCGGAGACACCAUGCAGCGCAUCGCCUCCUACUUUUCCGAGGCUCUGGCCGACCGGGCCCUCAGAUCCUGGCCCGGCCUGUACAAGGCCUUCCGCUCCACUAAUGAAACCCCUUUUCCCGACAAAUUUCUCGCUUGGAAAAUGUUUUCCGAGUUCCUCCCCUUUAUGAAGGCAGCCUUUGUAAUCGGCAACCAGGCAAUAGUCGAGGCUAUGGAAGGCGAGAAAAUGGUCCACGUGGUUGACUUAAAUGCAAUCGAGCCCGUUCAGUGGUGUUCUCUCAUACGGGACCUGAGCGCCCGGCCCGAAGGCCCGCCUCACUUGAGGAUAACAGGAAUUCAUCCAAACAAGGAAGUUCUGGAGAAAAUGGCCAAUGUUCUGACCCAUGAAGCCGAAAAAUUAGAUCUCCCGUUUCAGUUUAACCCUAUUGUUACCACUUUAGAAAGUCUCGAUCUUGAAACUUUGCGGGUCAAGACAGGGGAAGCCUUAGCCGUUAGUUCGGUUUUGCAGUUGCACUCCCUUUUAGCUUCUAAUAAUAAUAAUAAUAAUAAUAAUAAUAAUAGUUUUAGCAAUAAGUAUCCAAUGGUUGGGAAUAGACGCAGCAGCCCGAGUAACGACUCGUCCUUUUCAUCAUCGCCUUUAUCAUCUUCAAAGCCUUCAUCGAGAUUAGAUAGUUUUCUAAGUGCUUUGCGCGGUUUGUCUCCAAAGAUUAUGGUGGUGGCCGAACAAGACUCGGACCACAAUGGUAAAAGCCUAAUGGAGAGGAUGUCGGAGUCUUUGUAUUUCUACGCGGCUUUGUUCGACUGUUUGGAGUCUACUCUGCCGAGGGCAUCCUUGGAAAGGUUGAAAAUGGAGAAAGUUUUGUUCGGUGAAGAAAUCAAGAAUAUUAUCGCUUGUGAAGGGAGUGAGAGGAUGGAAAGGCACGAGAAGCUCGAGAAGUGGGGUCGGAGGCUCGAUUUGGCCGGUUUUGGUAAUGUGGCGUUGAGUUAUUACGCGAUGUUGCAAGGGAAGAGAUUGGUGCAAGGGUUUAAGUGUGAGGGUUAUAGGAUUAAGGAAGAGAAUGGGUGUGUUGUGAUUUGCUGGUAUGAUCGGCCGCUUUACUCGGUCUCUGCAUGGAGAUUUAGGCGGUGA